UGUGGGGGUGGACGGGUCCCACCACCCGGGUAAGGGUUCCCUACUUGGCCUUCAUUAGGGGUCAAGACGCAGGCACCUGCGCCAAAGGGGAGCAAAGCCGGGCUCGGCUCGAGGCCCCCAGGACUUCCAUCUUCCAAUGUCAGAGGAAUCCAACACGUGAUGGUCGGACCACGGUCUCAGACUAGAGGAGCCCCGUAAGCGCCAUGGCUCCCAAGAAGCCGCCCUGCCUUCCCUUCUUGCUGCUGCCGCUCCUGGAAUUGCUGCUUCCCCAGGCAGACACUCGGUCGUUCAUAGUGGAUCCGGAUCAUGACAGGUUCCUACUGGAUGGGGCCCCGUUCCGCUAUGUAUCUGGCAGCCUGCACUACUUCCGGGUGCCGCGUGUGCUCUGGGCAGACCGGCUUUUGAAGAUGCGAUUGAGCGGUCUCAACGCUGUUCAGUUUUAUGUGCCCUGGAACUACCAUGAGCCAGAGCCUGGGGUCUUUAACUUUAAUGGCAGCCGGGACCUCAUUGCCUUUCUGAAGGAGGCAGCUAUAGCGAACCUGUUGGUCAUACUGAGACCAGGACCUUACAUCUGUGCAGAGUGGGAGAUGGGUGGUCUCCCAUCCUGGUUGCUUCGAAAUCCUAACAUUCAUCUGAGAACCUCAGAUCCAGACUUCCUUGAUGCAGUAGACUCAUGGUUCAAAGUCUUGCUGCCCAAGAUAUAUCCAUGGCUCUACCACAAUGGAGGCAACAUCAUUAGCAUUCAGGUGGAGAAUGAAUAUGGUAGCUACAAGGCCUGCGACUUCAGCUACAUGAGGCACCUGGCUGGGCUCUUCCGUGCCCUACUAGGAGAUAAAAUCUUGCUCUUUACCACAGAUGGGCCUGAAGGACUCAAAUGUGGCUCCCUCCAAGGAGUCUAUACCACUAUAGAUUUUGGUCCAGCUGACAACAUGACCAAAAUCUUUACCCUGCUUCGGAAGUAUGAACCUCAUGGACCAUUGGUGAACUCUGAGUACUACACAGGCUGGUUAGAUUACUGGGGCCAAAAUCAUUCUACCCGCUCUGUUCCAGCUGUAAUCAGAGGAUUAGAGAAAAUGCUCAAGUUGGGAGCAAGUGUGAACAUGUACAUGUUCCAUGGUGGCACCAACUUUGGAUACUGGAAUGGUGCUGAUGAGAAGGGACGCUUCCUUCCAAUCACUACCAGCUAUGACUAUGAUGCACCUAUAUCUGAAGCAGGGGACCCCACACCUAAGCUUUUUGCUCUUCGAAAUAUCAUCAGCAAGUUCCAGGAAGUUCCCUUGGGACCUUUACCUCCCCCCAGCCCCAAGAUGAAUCUUGGACCUUUGACUCUACAGUUGGAUGGGGAUUUGCUGACUUUCCUAGACUUUCUAUGCCCCCAAGGGCCCAUCAGUUCAAUCUUGCCAAUGACCUUUGAGGCUGUCAAACAGGACCAUGGCUUUAUGUUGUAUCGGACCUAUUUGACCCAUAGCGUUUUUGAACCAACUCCACUCUGGGUGCCAAAUAAUGGAGUCCAUGACCGUGCCUAUGUGAUGGUGGAUGGGGUGUUCCAGGGUGUUUUGGAACGAAAUAUGAGACAUAAAGUAUUUUUGAUGGGGAAUCUAGGGGCCAGACUGGAUAUCUUGCUGGAGAACAUGGGUAGGCUCAGUUUUGGGUCUAACAGCAGUGACUUCAAGGGCCUAUUAGAACCACCUAUUCUAGGGCAAACUAUCCUUACCAGGUGGAUGAUGUUCCCUCUGAAAAUUGAUAACCUUGUAAAGUGGUGGUUUCCCCUCCAGUUGCCAAAAAGUUCACCACCUCAAACUCCUUCUGGCCCCACCUUCUACUCUACAAAGUUUCCGGUUUUAGGUCCUGUUGGGGACACAUUUCUAUAUCUACCUGGAUGGACCAAGGGCCAAGUCUGGAUCAAUGGGUUUAACUUGGGCCGGUACUGGACAAAGCGGGGGCCACAACAGACCCUCUACGUGCCAAGACCCCUGCUGUUUCCUAGGGGAGGCCUCAACAAACUCACAUUGCUAGAGCUAGAAAAUGUGCCUCCGCAGCCCCAAAUCCUAUUUUUGGAUAAGCCUAUACUCAAUAGCACCUUGCAUAAGACAUAUGUCUAUUACCUCUCAGCGGAUACACCAAGUAUCUCUGAACCAAUGGAGUUAAGUGGGCACUAAAAGAAAGGUAACUCUUGGAGUGGGCAGGAUCCCUUGGUGCUGGCCAUGGUGACCAUAAGGAACCAAUGACCUGAAUGCCUCUGAAUAAGUAUGAGUACAGAUUCCUUGCCAAAGUUUAUUGUGAUUAAAGUUCCAGAGAUAGUACCAGCUCCA